UUUGAUGCAAGUGGAUCACAGAUUCUAGUGUCAGAAAGUCAGAUUUCACCAGUUGAAGAAGAACUUCCUAGUUUAAAAGAAAAACCUAACUCCCAAAAGGAAUUUGCUAAACCUCCUGAAUAUAUCAAAAACAGUAAUGAAGGGGACAAAAAAAAUAAUCAACUUGAGAUUAUUACUCCUAGCAAAAGAAAAAUGUCUGAAGCAUCAAUGAUUGUUCCUGGUGCAGAUAGAUACACUGUGCGAAGUCCAGUACUCUUCGUUAACACAUCAACACCACGAAGAGGAAGAAUUAAACCACCUCUGCAAAUGAUGGGUUCUGCAGAAAAAUGUGGUAUUUCUAACGCAUCAGAAGACAGAGUGGAUAAUACUGUACCGUUUAAACCUAGACCAUCUGGAGGAGGGCAUCGAGGAGAUAAUACAGACAAACUUAUCAAAACUGCUAAAGUUGUAGAAAAGACAGAAAAUAAGAACAUUGAAUUUCCAAACCAAAAUUUUAGUGAACGUCAGGAUGUUCUUCCUGAUUCAAAGGCAGUGGGAAAAAUAGAUAAACCUGUGUCACCUUGUGUUUUAGACAACAUCUGUGAAAAUAAGAUGCACUCCAUGUGGGCAUGUUGGACACCUGUAACAAAUAUUAAACUAUGUAAUAACCGAAGAGCAAGUACAUCAUCAGGAGACACACUCAAUCCAGAUACCAUUACCAACAAAAAAAUUACUAAUCAAAAAUCCUCCUCUUCAAUGUCUGAUGAUAAUUCUGAAGAAAUAGGAAAAGUGAAAUAUAAGAAAGAAAUAGUGGAAAAUAACAAAAUAGAUAAAGCAGAAGUAGAAGUUUCCAAAAGAAAUAACCAACAAGAAAAGCAUUCUAAAUACUCAGAGCAAAAAAGUACUGAAAAUACCAAGCAGAAUGAUUGGCGUAUUGAAUCUGAAACUACUUUUAAAUCAGUUCUCCUGAAUAAGACAAUUGAAGAAUCUCUGAUCUAUAGGAAGAAAUAUAUACUGUCAAAAGAUGUGAAUACUGCUCUUUGUGAUAAAAGCCCUUCUCCUAGGAAAAAUGUGAAAAGUCAUAGAAAAUCAGGGAGCGAAUUGACUUCUGAGCUUAAUGCAAGGGAUUUGAAACAAACAAAAAUGAGAGAAAAGUCAAAAGGGAUAGGAUUUAAUGAUGCAGCAGAAUCCUUGAUAAGCCAAAUUAAUAAGUGAUACAAACCAAAAGAUGAUAUAAAGCCUACAAGAAAAUUAAAGGAAGCUUUGAUUGACAGUGGUAUUUCAAACAAAUCUGAUCUACAAUUCAGUAAGGAAAAAGUUCAGAAAAAAAGUUACAGAAAACUGAAGACAACUUUUGUUAAUAUUACUUCUGAAUGCCCAUUGAAUGAUGUUUACGAUUUUAAUUUGAAUGGAGCUGAUGAACCUAUCAUAAAACUUGGAAUUCAAGAAUUUCAAGCCACGGCUAGAGAAGCGUGUAUGGAUAAUUCAAUAAAAUUGGUAGGUUUAAAGAAUCAUGAUGAACUUGAACCUUCUCUCAAAACAAAAGAUAAACAAAUUGUAACAAAUCAUAAAAAGAGAAAUCUCUUUAGUGAUACGGAAACAGAAUAUAGAUGUGACGACAGCAAGACCGAUAUUAGCUGGCUCCGAGAACCCAAGUCAAAGCCACAGCUAAUAGACUAUAGCAGGAAUAAAAAUUCAAAGAAACAUAAAAGUGGGAGACCAAGACCAUACUUGGAAAAGGGACAAUCAAGAUCUAAAAUGACACCCAAUAAAAACGUCACCAAAAAGUUAUGUGAGACAGUUCCAGAGGGGAGAACCAGACUUCCACGAAGAGCAACAAAAACUAAAAAAAAUUAUAAAGACCUCUCAAAUUCAGAAUCAGAGAGUGAGCAAGAAUUUUCACAUUCAUUUAAAGAGAAAUUACUAGUAAAGGAGGAGAAUGUCCAUUGCAGAACCAAAACACUCAAGCUGCCAAAGAAUCAACAGAAAGUCUUCUCUACUGAAACACAAAAGAAAGUAUCAAAAAAAUGGAAAAACUCAUCUCUGCUAAAAAAUAGUAUAAAAGAUAAAAGCCUUGACUUAUCUCCUAUAUCUUUGCCUGGAGGUUCAUCACCUAUAGAAGUAAUGAGAUGUGUAGCGGAAACAACAGAAAAGGACUUAACUGAGGAUUAUGGUUGUAUAACAAAAUCUGUAUCACCUUAUUCAAAAUCAUCAUCUGAAUUCUCAAACAGCAACAAUGUAGUUGGCAGUCCAGUAAAGCCACCUAAAAUUAGUAAAAAAAACUUGUCUGCAAGUGAAAGUUGCUCACCAACUCCACAAUCACUCUUUUUGCCCAGACAUAGUCCAGUGAAGAGUAAAAACACCAGGAGUAGAAAAAAUACAAAUUCUGCUAUACUUACCCAAGAAACAGAAAAUUGUAACAGCUAUUCAGAUUUAAGCAGUUAUAGUCUAGAAAAGCAAUUUAUGGAAAUUCGAUCCCCAAAUACCAAUGAAAAUCAUAAGCAAAGCAAAAGAGAGAAAAGCCAGUUAGCAUCUCCAUUAUCCAUGUGUAGUGAAGAAAGAGAGAAAACAUGGUUCGACCUGCCCUGUGACACUACCCAUGUAUCAGGUCCAACUCAACAGCUUGGUCAUAAACGAAUGUACAUGGAAGAUAGCCUAAGUAAUCCUGAUGAAGUAGAAUUGGAGGAAGAAGGAGCAAACGUGCUUCCCAGAAAACUGUGUAAAACUGAAAAUGCAGACCCUCACUUCUACAGAAUAUCUGAAAGUGUAUCUCCAUUAUCAACAAACAACUUUUUUAUUACUGAGAACUUGAACAGUGAACGCUCAGGUGUGAGGAUAUUUUGUGAGCAGCUGAAUUCAGAAUUUACGAGGAAGACUCACAUCCGACAUAAAAUGAUGGAUUAUUUCACUAAGCAGUCUUGGAAGAUGGCUCAACAACAUCUGAAAACAAUACAUCAUCAAAUUCAGGAGCAGAGGAAUAAAAAACUUGAUAAAUUCCAACUCAUAAUGGUAGAGGAGCUGAAGAAUUUUGAAAAAGAUUCACAGUCUUUAAAAGAUUUAGAAGAGGAAUUUGAGGACUUUUGGGAAAGGAUAUUUGAAAAGUUCAGUGCAUAUAAAAAAAAUGAACAGCACAGACUCCAUCAUUUGAAAACUUCAUUGGAUAAAAAUGUCUUCUAUAAUACUGAUCAGGAAGAAACUAUUUGUACAUCUGAGAUGUGUUUGAUGAGAGAAAACAUGAAAAUGCUGCAAGACAGGCUUCUGAAGGAAAUGCAAGAAGAGGAGCUCCUUCAUGUACGCAGAGGACUGCUGUCACUGUUUAUGGCUCACGAAAGAAAUGUUACUGUGUGAAAUCUAGUUGUUAGCAACACAUUUUAUCUAACUAUCCCUCAUUGUGUAUAAUUAAGGAAAUUGUUAAUAGAGUAGCCCAUAAACAAAAAUACACACAUCACCCAGUCAUACACCUUUGCAGGAACCCCCAAAUUUAAAAAUGCUCUUUAUGGAUGAAAAAGAACUAUUAUAACAUGCUCCAAGCCCGAAAGGACUGCUGUGCAUGAUGCUACUGUUUUUUCAGGAAAAGUUUUGGGAAAUCGAACAGUAAAAGGAAUUAGCGUAUUUUUGUAAUAAUAUUUGCAUUAAACAAAUAUUACCAACUUCACUAUCCUUAUAAAGCUAGCUUCUUUAAUAAAUUAAACUUUAUUAUAAAUAUACAAAGUAUAUUUUUAAAUGAAAACAAUUUUGGCCUGAAGUAUAGUAUUAAAAUGUAAUAUUCCAGAAUAUACUAUGAGUAAUAGAAAUUCAGCCACACUUAGAUGAAGUCCCUUACAAAAAAAUGUUUACCUGAGUGGUAGCUCGGUACUUCCUGUUGGAUAUAAUUUAUUGUUUUUGCUCCAGUGUAUUAGAACACACUAAAUGCCUAAAAUAGUUGCUAUAUUGCUUAAAUAUUUUAGUUCAGAGUAGAAGUCUUAGUAACUCAUAAUCAGGCUGUUUGACGGGUACUUUCUAAGCUCCUUGUAUUCCUUAUAAUAUUUUGGUAGAUUAAUUUAUAAAACUG